AUGAACGUACAACUUAUCGAGCGUUACGUUAAAACAACAGACGCCAAGACUCACCAUCCAUACACUCUGGAUGUCCUCGGCGUUUUCUUUAUCGACAAGAAGUCGACAUUCACCGACAUCUGCAACAGGCAGCUCUUAUGGCAUGGCUCUAGGCCGACCGAUUGGGUUGGCAUUCUGAGUGAAGGUCUCAAGAUUGCACUCCCAGAAGCACCAGUCACAGGCUACAUGUGUGGAAAAGGUGUCUAUUUUGCUGAUAUCUGUUCAAAGAGUGCGAACUAUUGUUUUGCUACUCGCUCGAAAAACGUCGGUCUUCUUCUACUUUGUGAUGUAUCGUUGGGGACAAGGAAUGAUUUGUUAGCUGCAGAUUAUGAUGCAGAUCAGCUGCUGCGUGGAAAGCAGAGUGUUAUGGGGAAAGGAAGGAUUGCACCUGAUCCAGGGAAUAUACACACAAUGUCUGAUGGUUGUGUCGUUCCUCUCGGUCCAACUUGUGAUACCAAAGUACAUAACCCACACGGCUACACACUCGACUGCAACGAGUACGUCAUAUAUGAUGUGAAGCAGAUCAAGAUGCGUUAUCUGGUGAAAGUGAGAUUCAAUUUCAAAUACAGACAUGGGCAUAAUUAUGGAGCCACCCCUCAUAUCAGCCGAGGCAGGAAAAUCACCAGAACAUUGCAGAUUUAUGAAUAUACCUGCUGACCCGCCUAAAGCUGCAUCUGAUUCUACAUCAAAUCAUGCUAAUUGAGUAUUGAUAUUGUUUUGAUUGGACGCUUUGACAACUCAUAGCAACAAAACGAUUAAGGGAUGACCAGACUAACCAGACUAAC